UAAAGUUCUGAAAGCAAGAAUAAAAAAAGCGAUUUAUCAUGGCAGUGAUGAGAGGUCUUGUGCUUCUAUUCUUGGUCUUUUCUGUGGAGAAUGCAGCAGCUGAAGAAUGUUCAUUUGGAUGGACACCUUUUGGAGUUGAAUGCUUCAAGUUCUUCCCCCAGACAGUUAACUGGGUCAGAGCAGAGAAAAAUUGUCAAAGCCUUGAUGCAAAUCUUGUGUCUGUGCGCAGUAAAGCACAAAAUGAGUUUCUCCUGAGUCUGGUAACUGUUAACACCCGUGUUUGGAUUGGAGGUCAUGAUGGUGAAAUGGAACAACAAUGGCUGUGGACUGACGGAUCUCCAUUUGACUACACCAACUGGUGCAAAACAGAACCUAACAAUGAGAAAGGCACUGAACACUGCCUGGACAUAAACUGGUCAGAUAACCAUUGCUGGAAUGAUGUCCCCUGUACUAUGCCAAUGGGUUACAUUUGUGCUCAAAUCCGCUGA